ACGAUUUCCGGAUCUUCUGCGGGGACCUGGGGAACGAGGUGAACGACGAAAUCCUGGCCAGGGCCUUCGGGCGCUUCCCGUCCUUCCUGAAGGCCAAGGUGAUCCGGGACAAACGGACGGGGAAGACCAAGGGCUACGGCUUCGUGUCCUUCAAGGACCCCAACGACUACGUCAGGGCCAUGCGCGAGAUGAACG